AUGGACAUGAUGGGUAACAGAGAGCGACGAGGCGUGAAUUUCAAAGGCUUGCUGAGGAGGAACUGGCUUCUGAUUGCCACGGUUUUAUCAGUGCUGCUCGGCAUCAGUCUGGGCGUCGUGGUCAGAGAGUACGCGUCCCUCUCCCAGCUCCACAAGCAGUACUUUGGCUUCCCAGGAGAGAUCCUCAUGCGAAUGCUGAAGCUCGUCAUCCUCCCGCUCAUCAUUUCAAGCAUGAUAACAGGUGUCGCGGCCCUGGACUCUGAGGUGUCAGGAAAAAUAGGUCUGCGCGCUGUUAUUUAUUACUUCUCCACAACCAUCAUUGCAGUUAUUCUUGGCAUCAUUUUGGUGAUGACCAUCAAACCGGGAGUUUCUCAGACGGCUGAACACAUUGACAGGGCUGGAACCACGCCCAACGUCACAACAGUCGACACGCUCUUGGACCUCCUCAGAAACAUGUUUCCAGAAAAUCUGGUGCAGGCUUGUUUUCAGCAGUACAAGACCAAGCGCAAAGAGCUGGAGCCACCGAAAGCUUCAGAAGACACCACCACCAUUCCACCUCUCACCACUACUAUCAUGGCAGCAGUAGAGAAUAUAACCAAGGACUAUAAAAUCAUCGGGACAUACUCGGAUGGAAUGAACGUACUGGGGCUCAUCGUGUUCUGUGUUGCUUUUGGCCUCGUCAUUGGGAAGAUGGGUGAAAAGGGCCGUAUCCUCCUGGAAUUUUUUGAUGCCCUGAACGAAGCAACCAUGAAACUGGUGCAGAUCAUUAUGUGCUACAUGCCAGUGGGGAUCCUGUUCCUAAUUGCUGCUAAGAUCAUCGAGGUGGAAGACUGGGAGAUCUUCAAGAAGAUGGGUCUUUAUAUGGUGACAGUGCUGAGUGGUCUAGCUAUCCAUGCCACCAUAUGCCUGCCACUCAUCUUCUUCGUCAUUGUGAGGAAGAACCCGUAUACAUUCACACUGGGAAUGGCUCAGGCCCUGGUGACAGCACUCAUGAUCUCCUCCAGCUCCGCCACCCUGCCCGUCACCUUCCGCUGUGCCGAGGAGAACAAUCGCAUCGACAAGCGGAUCACCCGCUUCGUCCUGCCAGUGGGCGCCACCAUUAACAUGGACGGCACGGCGCUCUACGAGGCCGUGGCCGCCAUCUUCAUCGCCCAGCUGAACGACUACGCUCUAGAUGUGGGCCAGAUCGUUACUAUCAGUAUAACAGCAACAGUUGCCAGUAUUGGAGCAGCAGGAGUCCCUAAUGCUGGACUGGUCACCAUGGUAAUAGUCUUAACAGCUGUUGGAUUACCUGCAAGUGAUGUCACUCUGAUAGUGGCUGUGGAUUGGCUUCUGGAUCGGUUCCGUACCAUGAUCAAUGUUCUUGGCGACGCCUACGGAGCCGGAAUCGUCCAGAAACUAUCCAAGAGGGAGCUGGAGAGGAUGGACCUAACAUCAGACGUGGACGUCGCCAACCCCUUCGCUCUGGAGGCCACACUGGAUGACGAAGAGUGCGAGAAGAAAUCCUACGUCAACGGGGGCUUCACUGUCGACAAGACAGAUGCAAUCUCCUUCACUGAGACCUCCCAGUUUUAG